AUGCAGGCAAAAAAACCGAAAGCGAUCAAGGCCGGCAAUUCUAAUGGCAUUUGGCGCCAUGAUUUAUUCAAGACCCUUAAUCCCGGUCCUACGCGUAGCAAUCCUCUCGUAGCAGAGUCAUCGUCAUCAUCAACCGGGGGUCUUUCCAUUCAACAAAGACUUGGCACCAAUGUCGGAGUAACUGGUAGAAUGUCGAUUAAGGGAGUCGCCCCUGUAAAACAAGAGUUCUCUUUUAAAGGAGAAGGUGGACCGGCGACUAUCCAAAUCAGUAACCUUGCUCCUGGGACAAGUGCAAACGACAUUAAGACUGCCUUUAUGGAUUUCGGCGAUAUUUUGACUUUGGAUAUGAAAUCCAAUAAAAAUCCUCGUUCGCCUGUGAAUGCUGAAUUGACAUAUGAAUCAAAAGUAUCGGCUCUUGCUGCUAUAAAGAAAUAUAACACAGCUCUUGUCGAUGGUCGUGUACUAAAAGUUCAAUUGAAACAAGCCGCUGCGGUUGCAACAGCUACCACUAGUAAUAUUGGCAGCGCAUCUUAUCGCUUGAAGAAUAAAUUCGGUAAACAGACGGUGCCCAGAUCAGUUCGAAACGGCAAAAUGUAUUCUGACGAAUUGAUCGGCGGUAUGAACCAGGGUAAUCCAAGACGUGUCAGUGAUGGCAAAGGCAAACAACCAUCAUUCAGUGUGUGA